UCUAGUGGCCUCUACCUAGUCCGCUAUAAUUACCCUGAAGACGUCUCGAACGCAUGUAACAGCCUAGAUAGCUGCCAAGGCAAAGGCUGCUACAGCACCAGUACCAGACGGAUCCUCCUAGCAGUUGAUCCAAGACCGCUACGACCACUUUAACCUAGUUGAUUUCAAGUUUUUAGCCUCUUAGUAUAAAUAUGACUUGCCUUAAGUGAACAAGAUCAUCCUUUUAUCUAUUGUAUAGCCAUAAUACCUUUUGGAUAUUUUGGUAUUUAUGCAUUUACUACUUUCUCUCUUGUGAUUAUAUGCUUCUUAAGCUUGAUUAUGCUUCAAAUUAUUUUGGGUUGAAAGUGUAUUCAAGAUGAUUUGUGAGCAGCCACCUCUUGAAUCUAUGGGAUAUGCUAAUUUAGGGUGAUUUGAUGAAUGAUUAAGAGCAUGAUUAAUGAGGGGUUCUUAGUGUGGGUUUUUAGCGGAAUAUAAGAAACUGCCUCUUAACUUUUAACUAAAAAAACUAAGAACCGGCUCUUAAAUAUCUUAUUUAAGAGCCGGUUCUUAGGUUUUUUAGUUAAAAGUUAAGAGACAGUUUCUUAUAUUCCGCUAAAAACCUCACCCUAAGAACUUUCCAUUAAUCAUGCUCUAAGAUGUUUAGUAUUAGAUUUACAUGUAGAUUUUACAUGUUUCCCUACUAUCUUAGUGUUUUUAACGCUAGAAUGGACUUGGUUAUUCUUAGUCUAGAUUCUAGAUUAAAUACACUGAAGAUGUAUGUUAAAAUGCUUGAAUGAACUUAGUUAUGCGUUAACUUGACUAACCAAAUGGAUUUGAUAUUAAAAUUACUAUAUGGUUAGUAGAAUUGUUUAAAAUGCAUGUUUGAUUGUGUUAGACCAAAUGGAUUUAAUAGUUAAUGUUGCAAAAAAUAAUGUAUGAUUUUGUCUCUUUUGAUAAAGCUGUACUGCGUAAUUUUUAACUUCAUUUACUCCACAAUAUGUGAUAUUCUUUCUCUACUUUAGUUAUAUCAACUACAUAUGUGUCAUAUUUUUCAAAUAUUGAUGAAAUUUACUCAAUCCCCAUUGUAGUUUUAGUAGGAAGCGUAACUUAUGCUAGACUGCUUUAUUAUCGUGAAAACUCUUCAAAUAAUACAUUUUCGUGGUCGUGUGAUUCAAAAAAAAAAUUUAACUGGCGUAGAGCUGGAAUGCCAAGCUUCUAGAAUAUUGAUUUGGAAUUUCUAACCCAAAAUAUGAUGAGAUUAAGAAAUGACAUUGCAACUUUCAUAGCUCUUAUUUUUUGGUGGCUCAAUUAUAACGAAAUAGGUUAGUAUAAUAUCAUAAUUUACUAUGGUAUUAUUUAGUAUAUUUAGCUUUUCUGACAUAUUUUGACAUUUUGCGUUUUAUAACACUUUAUUUUUUCUAUUUUAAGGUAAUCGGAAGAUUACAGACGGGGGAAUGUGUUCUAGGAUCAUCUCUAAUCAACCAUGCACUAGAGACAUAUUUAGUGUACUUGAUUUAUAAUAUUUUAUAAAAUCUAAUUCAAUAGAAGAUUCCACUUUAAACCCCUCAAGAACUUUUAUUAAUAUAAAAUGAUGCUUAAUAUUAUGUUAUUUUGAUAACAUUUUAUAGUAAUAUCAUUAAUACAAAUAACAAAUGUGAGUAUUGAUUGUAUAUGUUUUAAUACUAUCAUUUUUAUAAACCGUAUGUUAUUUAGUAUUAUAAAAUAAUAUUAGAUUACAAUUACAAUAUCUUAUUAUCGUAUGAUAUUCACAUGAAUGUUAGUCAUUUACAUUAACUUUACAGUUUAUCAUAUGAAAAGGUUGACGGAGUAACUUAACAUAUAUUUGAUUAUCUAGACAAUAAUUAGGCAGUACAAAUGGUUUGAUAUUGUAUAUUUUUAAAAAAUAUGAAUGUUUAGACUAAUAUGAAAUAUUUUUUUUAUUAUAGAUAUAACCUAUAUUAUAACUUUUAAACUUAGCAAAAAGAGAGUAUAUUCUAAGGCAGCCUAAUACUUUAAAAAAUAUUAUAUUGGUGGGUAAUAUUUGAUCGUCACUAUAUGUAAAUCAUCAUUUACAUCAUAUAUUUUGUAUUUAUUUAUUAUAUAGAAAAUUGUAAUAAAUUAAUAUAUUCUUUUCUUUUUGAAAGGCAACGUACACUAAUAUAUUAUCAAAUCAUACUAUCAAUAAUAUAUAUCAAUGAAUCACCAUUUAAGUUGGUUACGCUAAAGAUGUACGUAAACAUUGGUACUCCUUCAUACAAAACUUUUGCACUAUCUUUUUAUUCUUAUCAAUAAUAUCCUAAGAAAAUUUAAAACCAUUCAAACUUACAAACUCAAACAUCUCAAUCAAAUUUCAUAAUUUUCCAAAUAUUUCUCACUUAUCAAAGAAAAAAUCAGGAAUUCAUGGCAACCAAUAACACGUAAUUUCUGACCUCAGUGAAGAAUUAACUAGUGUCGACGUUUGGGCAAAUAUAUUAUGACAAACAAAAAAUCCAUUAAAUCUACAAAUGAUCAUCUUAUUCUUGGUAACUUAAAUGUAUGUUCUGCGUAAUAUUUAUUUAUUUAUAUUUCCUUGAUUUAUUGUAUAAAAAAAUUUGUUUACUUUUCACACUCGCAUUAUCGGGACUGAUAUCUCACAAGGAAGCUAUUAUGCUUGUAGAUGGGCGCGCGCGCUGAUAAAACUAAUAAAAGAGCCCAAUAAGGUUGGCUAUUAGCCUCCCUCUCCUAUUUGGCGAAUUUAUUCUCAGUUUGUAUAUGUUUAAACUCUUUCCACUUGCAAGCCAGCAAGCAAGAGACCAUCCUCACAAUGUGUAACCAUGCAAAUAUAUUUGCAAUGUAGACUGUACAUAUUUAGCAAAUUUUGAAUUUCAGAGUGAUAUUUACAAAAUUAUAGGAUCACCACAUGACCAUUUCUUCAAGCUCCAUAUAUAAACAUACCUCAACAAAAAGCACCAAAACUCUUCCUUUUCCUCUCUCUUCUCUCUAGAGCCAUAUUUGCAUUUUACUCAAACCAAAAGGUUGGCAUUAUCUAAGAUCUUAUUAGAUCAAGAAGGUGAUCUUGUGUGUUUUUUGUCUGUUUUGUUUUGGUUGGAAGAAUCAAUAAUGGAGUUGGAAGAUGAGAAGAAGGGAGGGGAAGCUUCAGGACAGACAUCAGACAAAGAAAUGGGGCUAAGCAGAAAGAACAGUGAUAGCUCUUUUUCUCCGACAGAAGAUGAUGACGAAGACGAAGAGAAGAAGCCCCAACUCGGUCCCAUGAUCGCUCUCAAAGAACAGCUUGAGAAAGACAAGGAUGAUGAAAGCUUGAGGAGAUGGAAGGAACAGCUAAUCGGCGUGGUGGAUUUGGAAGAUGUAGGAGAGACACCGGAUCCAGUAGUAAAGAUACUAGACUUAACAGUUAGGUCUCCAAACAGAGAAGACAUGGUAUUAACGAUACCCGAUGAUGGAUUGCCUAACCCUAAAGGUCCUUGGUUCACCAUAAAGGAAGGAUCUAAGUACACACUUGUCUUUAACUUCCGUGUCACCAACAAUAUUGUUUCGGGCCUUCGCUAUAACAACACCGUCUGGAAAACCGGUGUCAAGGUGGAUAGUACGAAAGCAAUGCUUGGGACGUUUAGUCCUCAAGCUGAGCCAUACCAACAUGUGAUGCCUGAAGAAAUAACACCGUCUGGUAUUUUCGCUAGAGGAUCCUAUUCUGCAAGAACUAAGUUUAUUGAUGACGAUAAUAAGUGCUACUUGGAAAUCAACUACACAUUCGACAUCCGCAAGAAUUGGCAAUGAUCCACCGAAUUCAACAUUCUCUCCAGUCUAAACCUAUAUGACUAAAGCUCUUUUGAUAACACAUAUUUUCUAUCUUCCCUGCAACUUUGCAGACUAGAAAACUUAUUUAUUUAUUUUUAAUUAAACGAGCAUUAAUAAGAGAUUUCGUUUGAGUGUUUAUGGAGUUUUUCCUCUUCUCUUUUCUUGUGAUCUUUCGAUAUCUUGUAGAGCUUUGAGAGCAACAUUAUUUUGAAAUGUAGGUACAGUAACCGAUUAUAAACUGCACCAACUUUUUAAUUAAAAAAAACUGCACCAACUUUUUAAUUAAAAAAAAACGGCACCAACUUUCUUCUUUUUAUCUAUACUUUCUCUAUUUAAUGAUAUAAACAAUUUUAAACGAUGGAUAAUUAUGCUAUUAAAAACUAUGAAAAAUAUUACAUACAUUCAUUUUCUUUAAAAUGAGUUUGUAUUUUACUUCAAUGGCUUCCCUCAGUUUUAUUUUCAAAAUAGAAUAUUUUAGGUAUAUUCUAUUAUUAAUACUUACUAUUAUUUUUAAUAAUGCUUGCUAUUUUAAAAACUUAUAAAGUUUACCCAAAAUAAUUAUAUUUUAACUAUAUUUUAUUAUUUACACUAAAUAAGGAAUUCAUGCGAUGUUGCACGAGAACUCAUUUUAUAAAAAUAAAUAUUCACAUAUUGCAAUAGAAAACUUUAUAAAUGUAUCAAAAAUAUUCAACCUAUUUUUGCCCUUAAAUAUAUCCAAUCAUGUUUUGAGUCUUUAAAGUAUUUUAAUUAUUUAUUUCCAAGCUUUUUCUAUCAAAUAUUACAUAGUUAAUAUAUAUUAAUUUCUAUUUAUAUCAUUUCCAAAAGGUGUGAACAAAAAAUUAUGAUUGUUCAAACAUACCUCUAUCAUAUUUCAAUUUUAUGUUUUUAUAAUAAGUUAAUAUAAGAAAAUUUAUUUAAUAUUUUUAAAUAUGUCUUUAUCAAUGAGUCUAAAACAUAUUUCAAAUUUUUAAUCAAAAAGUAAAGAUACACCAAAAUAAAAAAAUUAAUUUUUAUCUGAAAUAUAAUUUAAACUUUAAAUAUUAACCAUUAGAAAAUGUUUAUUUCAUUUUUGAUAUUUUUUAUAUGUUGUCAUCUGGGCCAGGACUCAAAGAUAAAAGAAAGAGUCGUUUUUCUUUCCAUUAUAAAAAAUCAUAACAUUUCCUCUUUUUAGUUUCGAAGAUUUUAAAAUUUUAGUGAAAAUUGCCAAAAAUACCAUAUUCAUAAUACCACUUUUCAUGUUUAUUUUAAUUAUUUUUACUUUGAAAGAAGGAAAAUGUCAUUUAUAAUCUUAGAUUAACUAAUCUAGACUUAUG